AUGCCGACAAAGAUCGCCGCCAGCCGGCCUCGCUUUGACCACGACCACGGGGAGUUGUUUGAUGGCAAAGUGGGCAUGUGGCCAUUCGUCCAGUCCGUCCUCGCUGUUCGCAACUCACGCAACCGUCCCGCCGGCACCAUGGUCACGUUCUUGGUCAACUCUGUGAUGCGAUUGAUCCUUGAGCACGACGGAGGCAACCACUACGUCUUGCCUCACCUGACUGUGAAGGAGGCCGCCUUGCGACACACUGGACUUCUGAUGCAGAAUGUGUCUUGCCCUGUUUCCCUUCUUUUGUACGCUAGGACUUAA